AUGACAAAUCAAACAGGGGUCUUGGAUUUUCUCCUUUUGGGUCUAUCUGACCAACCAGAGCAGCAACAAUUCCUCUUCAGAUUGUUUCUGGGCAUGUACUUCGUCGGGACCCUGGGGAACCUGCUCACCAUCCUGGCAAUUUGUUUUGAUUCCCAUCUCUACACCCCUAUGUACUUCUUCCUUGCCAACCUAUCUUUCCUUGAUCUCUGUUUUACCUCCACCACAGUUCCCAAAAUGCUGAUAAAUUACCUGUUAGGGAGUAAUGCCAUCUCCUAUGAAGAAUGCCUGGCUCAAAUGUAUUUCUAUAUUGCCUUUGGUGCUUCAGAUAGCAUCCUCCUCUCUGCAAUGGCCUAUGACCGCUACCUGGCUGUCUGUCACCCUUUACACUAUGGCACAAUCAUGACCUCAUGCAUUUGUGCCCUAUUGGUAACUGUGCCUUGGGUUUCUUCUCACCUCAUUUCAAUGGUACAUACCGUAUUGAUAGCUCAGCUCUCUUUCUGUAAAAAUAAUAAAAUUCCUCACUUCUUCUGUGACAUAAAUGCUUUGAUAAAACUCUCAUGUUCUGAUGCCCAUGUCAAUGAAAUUUUGGUCCUUCUUUUGGGGGUACCAGUUGUUUUAAUUUCUUUCAUAUGCGUUGUGGUCUCUUAUACUCCUAUUUUCUUUGCUGUGUGGAAGGUCCCAUCAGCUCAUGGGAAAUGGAAGGCCUUCUCUACUUGUGGCUCCCACUUGUCUGUGGUCUCUCUUUUUUAUGGCACCAUCAUGGGUGUGUAUUUCAAUCCCUCCUCCACUCACACAGCCCAGAAAGACAUGAUUGCGAUUGUGAUGUAUACAGUGGUCACCCCUACACUGAACCCUUUCAUCUAUAGCCUUCGGAACAAGGACUUGAAAAGAGCUCUGGGGAAGCUCCUUGGCUUGCAAUGUUUUUCUAAGGGAGGAUUGCAGUAG